AUGAUUGACCUCUCCAAGACCUUCAAUACGCUAGCAACUCAGCUUUCGCAGCUGGCAAGCUCGACGUCAAGCGAUGUUGAAAAAAACAGCGCCGCCGUUGACAUAGCUCAAAGGAUCCUCGCGGCAGCUCGAGGACCGACACCAGACUGGAUGGACCGGGUGAUUAAUGUCAUGGAACUGACUGGACUUAAAUUGCUCCUUGACUGGAACGCCCUGGCCAUGAUACCAUUGGAGGGCGCUAUCACAUAUGCUGAGUUGGCCAAAAAGCUGUCCGCGGAUGAGCCUUUACUUCGACGGCUAGCCUGGGUGCUUGUUUCCAGCGGAAUGUUGCGUCAGGUGGAUGACGACAAGAUCGCACAUACAGAGAAAUCACGCCAGUAUCUUCCCGGGACAUCUAAUGAACUCCUGCUACACAUGAUGUUCGAAGAGCAUGUUAUGACGGCUCUGAAGCUGCCUGAGUACUUUGAACAGUACGGCCGCCGGGAGCCGGCCAAUCGGCAGCACACUCCCUAUGCAUUCUCACGCGGUCAGCCAGAAAAAGAGAUCUGGGAGAUUCACCAAGAGAACCCUGCGCAGGUAAAGAGGUUCAUGGGAGUUAUGGAGAUGGUGCAGUCAUUCAUUCCUCUGACUGGUAUUUACGACUUUGGUUGGGUGGCGACGAAGCUGUCGGAGCAGCAUGACAGACCGCUUCUCGUGGAUGUGGGUGGCAGCAAGGGCCACGCCAUCAAGGCGAUUAUGAAGGAGAACCCUUUUAUUCCAGCCGAUCGCAUAGUUCUCCAGGACAGAGAUGAGGUGAUUCAACAGGUUGUGGGCCUCAAAGAUUCGGGGCUCGAUGGUGUACACCUCCAGGUACACGACUUCCACGAAGCGCAACCUGUCAGAAGUACGUUUACAUGCUAUCGAAGUCUUGCCCGCGUCCGUGAAGAUCAGCUGACACAUGCAGACGCACUGAUCUAUUGGAUCCGGCGAUGUCUACACGACUAUGGAGACGAUGUCUGCGCCACGAUGCUCACGCAGCUAUCGGAUGCCAUGAGUUCGGACAGUAAGGUACUCAUCGUCGAAUACGUCCUUCCGAGCCCUCCCCCGCCCAUUGGCGCCAUGACAGACUUCGGCAUGCUCGGAAUUGGGGGCAAGGAACGGACAGCCAAUGACUGGGAGGUGCUUGUUGCUAGGUCUGGGCUUAAGAUUGAGAAGAUUCAUGGCCUGGACAUGAAGAUGCAGGUCAUUGAGUGUGUCAAGGCCUGA